AUCCCCAGACUAGUAGGUAUGCUCGCAACAAAAAAGGGCCAGGUGAGAAAAGCAACCUUGGAAGCAGACCCUCUCCCUGGCCGAACAUACUAUACUCUUUUCCUUCCAUCACUAACAUAGAUGCAUACGGCCUGGAGAAUAACACAGGCACUCACUCAUUCCAUUUCCCUUACUCCAUCUCCCAAUAUCCCUUAUAUUUUGGACCCACUCAGUAAUACUAAUAAUGAUAAUCAUACGAUAAACGGAACGACCACAAACGUUUCAUAUCCACCCAGGGUAUAUCAACAAAAAAAGGUCCACUCUUUUCCGCCUCCAAAAAAGUCCGGAAAUCGUCCCCCAUGGCUAUGCUAUGGCCAAUGCAUUUACCAACCUGCAAGUCAUCCCACCCCCUUAUGAUAGCCAUGUCGUCCGCCAUACAUCAUAGAUAUAAUCUGCCCUCGAUCAAGUAUCCAUCGGUAAACUGCAAAAUAUCAGAGACAGAAAGCGGAUGCUACAAAAGCAAAGGUGC